UAUCUGAAUAUAUAUUAUAGACUUUUACUAUCUUAUUUGGAGGAUUUAUUUAUAAAAACAAACUCCAGUUUCUAUUUUAGGCUUAUUGCAUUUUGGGAAAAUAUGGAGAAUGAUAAUGGAGAAAAUCCUACAAAGGUUAACAAAUAUGCAUGUGGUUGUGCAAUUGUUGCUUCUAUGAUAUCUAUCAUAUUUGGUUAUGAUACUGGUGUGAUGAGUGGUGCAAUGAUAUAUGUGAAAAAAGAAUUCCAAAUCAAUGAUGCCAAAACAGAAAUAUUAGCAGGGAUUCUAAAUUUAUGUGCUUUAGUUGGGUCACUUUGUGCUGGAAGAACAUCUGAUAAAAUUGGAAGACGUAACACUAUAAUGGUAGCUUCAGUAAUUUUCAUGAUUGGAUCAAUUUUAAUGGGAUAUGGUCCAUCUUAUAUAGCAUUAUUAGUUGGAAGAUGUAUUGCUGGUGUUGGUGUUGGAUUUGCACUUAUGAUAGCACCUAUUUAUUCAGCAGAAGUUUCAUCACCAUCGUCACGUGGAUUUUUAACAUCUCUACCAGAAAUCGGAAUAAGUAUUGGUAUUUUACUUGGUUAUUUAUCUAGUUACAUUUUUUCGCGAUUAUACCUUGAACUUGGUUGGAGAAUAAUGUUGGGAAUUGCAGCAAUUCCUUCACUUUUCUUGGCGAUUGGCAUUCUUAAAAUGCCAGAGUCUCCUAGAUGGCUUAUUAUGCAAGGCCGUGUAGGAGAAGCCAAGAAAAUAUUGUACAAAGUUUCUAAUUCCCCUCAAGAAGCUGAAAUUCGCCUCAGGGAUAUUAAAGAGGCUGUAGGAAUCGAUGAGAAUUGUAACGAUGACAUUGUUAAGGUUCCUGAAUCAGCACAAACACAUGGGGUUUGGAAAGAAUUUAUUUUCGCGAAAGCAGGUGUACAUGACACUAGGAAGCAAAUACUAGCCACAGUUGGAGUUGGACUAACAAAAUUUACAUUUAUAGUGCUAUCUACUUUCUUGAUUGACAGAGUUGGGAGAAGAAAAUUGUUGUUAACAAGUUUAAGUGGUAUGGUAGUGACAUUAGCUGGACUUGGUUUUUUCUUGACAAUUGCAGAGAAUUCUGGUGGGACACUCAUUUGGGCUUUGGUACUUAGUAUAGUUACAACUUAUGCAGUUGUGAUGUUUUUCAAUAUUGGUCUUGGUCCAGUUACUUGGGUUUAUAGUACUGAGAUAUUUCCUCUAAGGUAUAGGGCAUUGGGUGCUGGUAUUGGUGUUGCUGUUAACAGGUUGAUGAAUGCUACUGUUUCUAUGAGUUUUCUGUCCAUUUCUGAAGCAAUUACAACUGGAGGUGCUUUUUUCAUGUUUGCUGGAGUCUCUUUGGUGGCUUUGAUUUUCUUCUAUUUCAUGUGCCCUGAGACUAAAGGAAAGUCUUUGGAAGAAAUGGAAUCUGUUUUCACUAAAGGCAAAUCCUUAGAAAAUUUCAACAAAUAGACAUUGAGAGCAUGCAGGAGUUGACACUUUGUAUAUAUUUCUGUAUUUGUAAAUAGUAAUAUUUAA